CUCUUCCAUUUAUAAAGUGUUCAAGUCCAACCUUUUUUUCUGCACCUCCGACUCGGACUGAAAAUAAAAUACUGACCGAGCAACAGAAGAAUACUCAGUCACAAGCAAGAAGAUGGAUAAGAUUGAGCACAAGAAUGUGAAUGUGAGCGGCCUAAGCAUUCACAUAGCAGAGCUUGGUCAAGGCCCACUGGUCCUGUUUAUUCAUGGUUUCCCUGAGCUCUGGUACUCAUGGCGCCACCAGAUCCUCUUCCUGGCUGCUCACGGCUACCGGGCAGUGGCGCCUGACCUCCGUGGCUACGGCGACACCGCUGGUGCACCCGUCAAUGAUAGCUCCAAGUUCACUUGUCUGCAUGUAGUUGGAGACCUGGUAGCACUCCUUCACGCGAUUGCACCUGAUGAGGAGAAGGUGUUUGUGGUGGGGCAUGACUGGGGUGCCAUGGUUGCUUGGUAUUUGUGCAUGUUUAGGCCUGAUAAAGUCAAGGCCUUGGUCAACAUGAGCGUUGCUUUUAGUCCCAGAAAUCCAUUGGCGAAGCCGGUUGAGCUGUUGAGGGCUUAUGGUGGGGAUGAUUACUACAUUUGCAGAUUCCAGGAACCAGGUGACAUAGAGGCCGAACUUGCUCAGAUGGGUUGCAAGAAUUUUUUGAAGAAGAUGCUUGCCUACCGCACUCCUGGUCCACUGUUUUGGCCAAAGGGUAAAGGCUUUGGUGAUUCACCUGAUGCUCCUGUUGUCUUGCCAUCAUGGUUGACAGAGGAAGAUGUGGAUUAUUAUGCAAGUAAGUUUGAUAAGACAGGCUUCACUGGAGGUUUAAACUACUAUCGCGCUUUGAAUCUACACUGGGAACUCACUGCGCCCUGGACUGGGGCCAAAAUAAAAGUCCCAACCAAGUUUGUCGUUGGGGAACUGGAUCUGAGCUAUUAUAUGCGAGGCGUUCAAGAUUAUAUACACAAGGGUGGGUUUAAGAACGAUGUGCCUUUGUUGGAAAAUGUUGUUGUAGUGAAAGAUGCAGCUCACUUUAUCAACCAAGAAAGGCCUGAUGAGAUUAACAAACACAUCUACGACUUCUUUCAGAGGUACUGAUUUUGUGUCUUGCGUCUCUUGGACUCUACCUUCCAUAAUGUUCCCUACUUCAGUUUGUAACCCUGAACCAGGGGAUGGCAUUCAGCCUUUCGGGAACUUGUUUAUGUGGUGAAGGAUUGUAGCACCAUGCAAGGACUUGUACAGUCCUAUGCUCAUAUGUAGAAAUGAUGCGAAAGUGUGAUAACCUUGUAGUAACUGCUAAUGAUAAAUAAGCAACACGCCUUUUUAUUGGAUAAAUUUCAA